UGCGUGUUUACUUGCCUCGUCAGCUGUGUCCCUGCAGCACUUAUCUAAUGUUCCUCACCUGCUGCUGAGCUAAACCUUGGACUCUUAUCGCUCACAGUGACUUGUCUCUCCGCCAGCACGCGUUAUCAGCAGUUUCAUCAAGUCUCCGCCGUACCUUGAACGGGGGCACAUCGGGUUCACACUUGUUUUUUUCUAACUCACAGGGAAAGAUGACGUUAAAAUCCAAUAAAAACGAACCAGCUGUCGUACUUGAGCCGGUGAGCAGCGUGCGGACAGCCCUUUCUGAUCUCUACCUGGAGCAGCUCCUGCAACACAAACCAAAGCCGGACAAGGUUGCUAUGCAAACUUAUGAGAAUAAGGGAGCUGAAGUUUACACUAACGGUUGUGCCGGACACAUCAACGGAGCAGAAGUGAGCAAGAUGAAGGAAGUAGCUUUUGAGAAGAGUCCCUCAGAGCCAAUGGGGGUCACUCUGAAACUCAACGAGAAGCAGCGAUGCACGGUAGCCAGAAUAUUGCACGGGGGAAUGAUCCACAGGCAAGGUUCCUUAAAUGAAGGUGAUGAAAUAGCAGAGAUAAAUGGACAAAGUGUGUCAAAUCAAACUGUAGAUCAGCUGCAAAAAAUCCUGAAAGAAACUAACGGUGUAGUCACGAUGAAGAUAAUUCCCAAGAUGCAGAAUCGAUCCCGAGCCUGUGAGAUGUACAUGAGAGCACAGUUUGACUACGAUCCUGCCAAGGAUGAGCUCAUCCCAUGCAAAGAGGCCGGCCUAAAGUUUAAAACGGGUGACAUCAUCCAGAUCAUCAACAAGCAGGAUCCAAACUGGUGGCAGGGCCGAGUGGAGAGCAGUGGCGUUGACUUUGCCGGACUGCUGCCCUCGCCGGAGCUUCAAGAAUGGCGGGUGGCCAGUAAAAGCAAGGCCAGGGAGGGCAGCCAAUCCUGCAGCCCGUUUGGAAAGAAAAAGAAAUGCAAGGACAAAUACCUCGCUAAACACAGCUCCAUUUUUGACCAACUGGACGUCAUUUCUUAUGAGGAAGUUGUGAAGCUGCCUGCUUUUAAAAGAAAAACCUUGGUGCUUAUUGGUGCUCCUGGUGUAGGGAGGAGCCAUAUCAAAAAUGCUCUUUUGACAAAAUACCCUGAAAAGUUUUCUUACCCUGCACCACACACCACCAAACCCCAGCGGCGGGAUGAGGAGAACGGAAAGGAAUAUUUCUUCAUCUCCGACGAAGCCAUGACCAAGUGCAUCUCUGGAAACGAGCUGCUGGAGUACGGCAGCUUCCAGGGGUUCAUGUUUGGCACCAAGUUUGACACCAUCCAGAAGAUCCACGAGCAGGGCAUAGUCUCAGUGCUGGAUGUGGAGCCCCAGACCCUGAAGCUCGUGCGGACCGCUGAUUUUGCUCCUCUGGUGGUGUUCAUCGCUCCAACCAACUCAGCUCCACAGGUGCCGUAUCUCCGUGUUUCGCUCUUCGGUAAAACACCCCGACCCCCUCCUCCUCAAACUCCUAACCCUCUGUUUCUUGUGACGCAGUCGGAAAACCUGCAGAUGAUCCAGAAGGAGUCGGACGCCAUUUUGAGCACAUACGGACAUUUCUUUGACGUAGUUCUCGUCAACAACGACGUUGACGAGAGUGUGAAAGGGGUGGAGGAGGCCAUGGAGCGCGCCACCUCCACCCCCCAGUGGGUGCCCGUGUCGUGGGUCUACUGACAGACGCCCGCCAACGGUUCGGUAUCUUUGUGUUGAGAAAGCCGUGCAAUAUCACUCCUUACACCAAACCUCACGAGUUAGCGAUGUCCCAGGUGUUUUCUUUCUGUUCAUUGUCUCAGAGAUUGUUUGCACAAAUGCAGUUAAUAGAAAAUAAAAACAGAAAAGAAGAAGCAAUAUGUAGAAAACGUAACUCAGAAUAUUGACAACCUUGCCAGGGAUGUUUCACUUGGUUGUUUAGACAUGUUUCAGGGUCUACAUGAGAUUAAUGUUGGUGUUCAAGCGCCUUCAAGAUUGUUAGAAUGUCAGCAGAACAGGACCACGACUGUGAAAUCAUCACUCAACAAAUCCAAACUGUCGUGAAACACUGAUUCUGGACGGAUGUAUUUCACUGUUCCUGUUCUUUGUUCGAAUUUCCCAUGAAAUGAUCCUGAGACUUCUUGCCCAUGCCGUCUCUGUCACUCCAUACAGUGUCCUCUGCACCAAACCUUUCAGUCGACCAAUGACAACCUCACAGGACAUGACACUGGAUUUUAUCAGAAUUGUAUACCUUAUGGGGUACUGUAAAGGCACUUUUAAACAGAAUAAAUGGAAUAAAUGUCCUAGCUCUGUA